AUGAAAAUAAAAAAAAGUAUUUAUAAAUAUUUAGGUUUUUAUUCUUUAUUUUUUAAAGGUAAUGAUAAUAAGGAAUUUCACUGUUUAAGAAAAAAUACUAAUAUGACUUAUUUAAAACCAAAUUAUUUUGUAUGUAUUCCAUUAAAUAAUGAAGUUGUAAGUAAAGAAUUACUGAAAAUACAAAAUCAUAUUACUAUGAAGUAUGAUAAAUUAAAAGAAUGCUUAAUAGAAAAAAAAAAAUUUCAUAUUUCUCUUCUAAUAUUAUAUAUUAAGAAAUCACAAAUAGAAUUAUCAAAAGAAGCCUUCCAUGAAGCUGUUGAAGAAAUUAAAAAGAUUGAUCAAGAAAAAAUUUCAUUUAAUAAAUUAGAAACAUUUCGAAAUGAUGUUUUAUAUUUAAGUUUUAAAGAGAGCAGUAAUAAUUAUAUUAUAAAUAUUAUAAAUAUUUUAAAAAAAUCUUUUGCAAAAAGGGAUAUAAAAAUAAUAUACAAUAAAAAGAACAAAAAUGAUGAGAAUCAAAAAAAAACUGCUAAUAAAAAUGAAAUUAAAAGUGAUUUAGACAAAAGUGAUAUAAAUAAAAAUGGUACUAAUAAGAAUAACUUAAGUAAAAAUAGUAAUGAUACCGAAAGAAUUACUCCUCAUUUAACUAUAAUGAAAAAUUCUUAUAUGAAAAAGAAUUAUGUUAAUAAAAAACCAAAAAUUUUUGCUGAUUAUUAUUCAGAUUUCGAUUUAACAAAUUUACUAAAAGAACAUUUGAUUGCCAAUAAAAUUCAAUUUCUUGAAAUGGACACUGAUUCUUCAACGUCUUAUUAUAAAAUACUGUCUGAAUGCAGUCUUUUUUAA